AUGCUCUGCCCUAAAACUACAGGAGUGUCAAGAGAAGUGGUGAAGUGGCUGCAGAGCCUCGACCUGACAUUACAGUAUCUGAAGAAUGUGCGCAGGGAUUUUUCCAGUGGUUACCUUGUGGCAGAGAUAUGUUCUUGUUAUUACCCCCACCACUUCCCAGAGCAUUCAUUUGACAGGGGAACAUCACUUUCUGCCAAGCAGAGGAACUGGAGCUGGAUAGAGCGGUCUUUACAGAAGCAGAGGUUGCACUUGACGAAGGAGGUUGUGGAUGGAACCAUUCACUGUAAACCAGGAGCAGCUGAGCUGUUGGUGCAGGAGGUUUAUGCUUUGUUAACUAACAGGAGGUACGUGUGGAUUGGGAGCGAGGGCAGGAAAUUAAAGAUUAACUUUUAUUAAUUUAUCAGCAUGACUAGAGAUGACAAGUGUUACAUACAAGCUAUAUGAUAGAAGUGUGACCUUCCAGUAUUCCAGUAACAGUCUCAGGGUUGAUCAUCACAUUCUCAGAUUUCCUUUAAUACUGAUGUUUCUUGAAAGAUCAGGGACACUGCAGUUACAACUUACACACAUCACUGCUUCAUAUUCGACUUAAAGUGAAAGGAUGUUGAUACCGGACAGCGACUGUGGCUGGGCACAGUAAAUAUUUUAAUAACAAUACACGGCCACUAAAAGAGCUAAACUGUCCAUUUGCACAAUGUAGAAGUAAUACAGACACAACCAGGACAAACAAUAGAUGCCUGUGCAUGAUAAAACCUUUAUGAUUUGACGACCAAGUGAUGAGCACUUUGACAGCUCUUCAUCUGAAGACACCUCAUCAAGUAAACCUCAGUUUGUCAUUCAAUUCAAAUCCCAUGACAAUGAUGCUCGAAAUGCCUCGUUCGGAUACAGGCAUUUCGAGUGUUUUUGGCAAACAAGUGACAAAUAAAGUGAAAUGAAAAUGCAGAGAGCACAUUUAGUUAACUGCUGUUUUAUUCUGUCUGAAGGAUCAACUGCUCCGUCUGCGUUUCAGUGGCGGAGGAGCUCAGGCUCAGUUGCUUCAUUUCAAACAGACUAGUGAGAAAAGCCAUUUAAUCAUUUUUACAUUUUCUCUGCAAGGGGAAGAUAAAGAUAUAUUUUACUUCUCAGAGGCAGUAUGCUAUUUAAAAUGCUGUAUAUUAAUGAUAGUGAAAAUGAUUAAAAGAUUAAAAUAAAUGUUUUAGAUUGUUGUGAACAUACUUGCAGCUGAACUUAACUCUACUUUCCAAUUUCUAGUGUUCUACAGUUGACCUGGAGUGAACCCGCUGAGAUAACUGUGCAUCAGCCCGUCAGACGCUCCUAUGGAAACUGAAGAAGGAUCUGUGCUUUAACAAUGAAUUGUGUAUUUAUGUGUCACUUAAUGUAUUGAUACGGUUUCCACAAUAAUCCCAAUCUUAGCCAAUUUUACUAUUAAGCCACAGAAAUGUUGCCUAGAGUGUAACUUGAUUUGAAAAACAGAUGACAUCACUGUUUCUUAAUGGAUUAUAUAAUGUCACAGUGUCUCCACAUCACGGCUGGACUGUAUCUGUUUGCGCCAGUAGGUGGCAGUUGGGAGGCGUGAGCUCUUCUCAGAGGUUUUUUUGGGACUAAAUCCAUCACUGUAGGUGAGUCAUUGAUAAAAAAGAGGAAACACACCAGUGUAUUCUCCUGCCUUACGUUCACUGGUGUGUGUUUAUCACUGAGCUAAAUCAAACUCAGAGUCACUUCAGGCCAUUUCUGAAUCUGCACCCUCCCUUGUAUGUUUCCAUCACUGAGGCAAAACUGCUUUCUAAGGUUUUGUAAUCCACCACCUGCUAAAUGCUGGUAAACUAAUCCCGUGACUCAUUAGAUUCUCUGUGGUCGGUUCCACCUAAUGCAAGAAAUCCUGAGUUGUGAUUCCUAAAUUAAAAAUAACCGGGCAGCAGCAUGUAGACAAAAGAAAGCUUUUCCUUGUCUUGUUUCUAAAUCAUUAAUGUUCCCAAUUUUUGCAGCUCUGGGUUGAAUAGAUUUCAGCUCUUACUGUGCACGGACUGGAGACGCUGCACAUUAGCACGAGUGGGUGAUGAGUCACUGGCUUUGGUUUGGUUGUUGAUGACCACAGGCUGAAGAUGCUGUUUCUCUAUUAAGAUGUCAGUGGAACUUUGCCCGUGGUAACGUGCUGACACGUCUUCAUUAAUUCCCAAAUGUGUGAUAAGGAUUAUAUAACUCUGUAUCAUACGUCACUGCUUAUAAAGAGAUUAAAAAACUUAAAUUAGAUGAUGGGGAGGUUAUUAAGUAGGUAACACUUUUCCUGGGGAGUUUUUAAUGCCACGUUUAACCAAAUUCACAAAGUCCCAUAUUUAAAGCAGUAAAUGGAUCCUUGUUUUGCUGGAUGGAUAUUGAAUUACUGCACAGACAGAUCCUGUGUGUCAGUGUUAAUGGCACCAUAUGUCGUGCCCUUUUUACUGGAUCACCUCAGGGCUGUGUCCUGUCAUCUUAUAUACUUAACAUACUGCGCAUCAGUGACUGCAGAAAACAGAACACACAGAGGUAUAUAAAUUACUGCCGGUGUUAGUUUAAGUUUGAAGCUUUGUACUUAAGUGUAAUUGGAGCGCAACCAAUUCAUUUAUGUAGCAAAAUGAGCCUUUCACAGAUGCACCGAUUUUAAAAUGUUUAUUUUACAGAAGAAAUGAUGCAGGAAAGAUUUAUGUUCACAUUUCACAAAAAAAAGUGUUUUUUUCUCUAUUCAAAUUCUAUAUAAGUGGUUGUAUUUGUGUUUUCUUUUUAUUCAGAAGUUUGGGGUUAAACUGUAAAAUAUACAGCCUCAGUCACCUUUUUUUGUCUUAAGGGUUUGAUUACAUCUUAGAAAUCACUGCCUUUUAAAAAAAAUGAUAUAUUACAAAUCAUGUAUAUAUCGGCUUAUAUGUAUCAUGUAAUAUGUCAUAAGUACAGAAUAAAGUUUUCACCUGCUUUUCAA